AUGGUGCAGAAGUCGCGCAACGGCGGCGUGUACCCCGGCCCGAGCGGGGAGAAGAAGCUCAAGGUGGGCUUCGUGGGGCUGGACCCCGGCGCGCCCGACUCCACCCGGGACGGCGCUCUGCUCAUCGCCGGCUCCGAGGCCCCCAAACGCGGCAGCAUCUUGAGCAAGCCGCGCGCGGGGGGCGCGGGCGCCGGGAAGCCCCCCAAGCGCAACGCCUUCUACCGCAAGCUGCAGAAUUUCCUUUACAACGUGCUGGAGCGGCCGCGCGGCUGGGCGUUCAUCUACCACGCCUACGUGUUCCUGCUGGUCUUCUCCUGCCUCGUGCUGUCCGUGUUCUCCACCAUCAAAGAGUACGAGAAGAGCUCGGAGGGCGCGCUCUACAUCCUGGAAAUCGUGACCAUCGUGGUGUUUGGCGUCGAGUACUUCGUUAGGAUUUGGGCCGCGGGCUGCUGCUGCCGGUACCGCGGCUGGAGGGGGCGGCUCAAGUUUGCCCGGAAGCCCUUCUGUGUGAUCGACAUCAUGGUGCUCAUCGCCUCCAUCGCCGUGCUGGCCGCCGGCUCCCAGGGCAACGUCUUUGCCACGUCGGCGCUCCGCAGCCUGCGCUUCCUGCAGAUCCUGAGGAUGAUCCGCAUGGACCGGCGCGGCGGCACCUGGAAGCUCCUGGGCUCAGUGGUCUAUGCCCACAGCAAGGAGCUGGUCACCGCCUGGUACAUCGGCUUCCUCUGCCUCAUCCUGGCCUCAUUCCUGGUGUACUUGGCGGAGAAGGGCGAGAAUGACCACUUUGACACCUACGCCGACGCUCUCUGGUGGGGCCUGAUCACCCUGACCACCAUUGGCUACGGGGACAAGUACCCUCAGACCUGGAACGGGAGGCUCCUGGCGGCCACAUUCACCCUCAUCGGUGUCUCCUUCUUUGCUCUUCCUGCGGGCAUCUUGGGGUCCGGCUUUGCCCUGAAGGUCCAAGAGCAACAUCGGCAGAAGCACUUUGAGAAGAGGCGGAACCCAGCCGCGGGCCUGAUCCAGUCCGCCUGGAGGUUCUACGCCACCAACCUCUCGCGCACGGACCUGCACUCGACGUGGCAGUACUACGAGCGCACGGUCACCGUGCCCAUGUACAGCUCGCAAACUCAAACCUACGGGGCCUCCAGACUGAUCCCUCCGCUCAACCAGCUGGAGCUUCUGCGGAACCUCAAGAGUAAAUCUGGACUCACCUUCAGGAAGGAGCCACAGCCGGAGCCGUCUCCAAGUCAGAAGGUCAGUUUGAAAGAUCGUGUCUUCUCCAGCCCCCGAGGAGUGGCUGCCAAGGGGAAGGGGUCCCCGCAGGCCCAGACUGUCCGCCGGUCGCCCAGCGCUGACCAGAGCCUGGAGGACAGUCCGAGCAAGGUGCCCAAGAGCUGGAGCUUUGGGGACCGCAGCCGGGCGCGGCAGGCCUUCCGGAUCAAGGGCGCCGCCUCACGGCAGAACUCAGAAGAAGCAAGUCUCCCUGGGGAGGACAUUGUGGAUGACAACAAGAGCUGUAACUGCGAGUUUGUGACCGAGGACCUGACCCCGGGCCUCAAAGUCAGCAUCCGGGCUGUGUGUGUGAUGCGGUUCCUGGUGUCGAAGCGGAAGUUCAAGGAGAGCCUGCGGCCCUACGACGUGAUGGACGUGAUCGAGCAGUACUCGGCCGGCCACCUGGACAUGCUGUCGCGCAUCAAAAACCUGCAGUCCAGGAUAGAUAUGAUUGUGGGCCCCCCACCCCCUUCAACUCCCCGGCACAAGAAGUACCCCACCAAAGGACCCACGGCCCCUCCGAGAGAGUCACCCCAGUACUCACCUAGAGUGGACCAGAUUGUGGGCCGGGGCCCAGCGAUAACGGACAAGGACCGCACCAAGGGCCCGGCCGAGGCGGAGCUGCCGGAGGACCCGAGCAUGAUGGGACGGCUGGGGAAGGUGGAGAAGCAGGUCUUGUCCAUGGAGAAGAAGCUGGAUUUCCUGGUGAACAUAUACAUGCAGCGCAUGGGCAUCCCCCCAACGGAGACUGAGGCCUACUUCGGGGCCAAGGAGCCAGAGCCAGCCCCACCGUACCACAGCCCUGAGGACAGCCGGGAGCACGGCGACAGGAACGGCUGCAUCCUGAAGCUCACUCGCUCCAGCAGCUCCACGGGCCAGAAGAACUUCUCGGCGCCCCCGGCUGCGCUCCCCGCCCAGUGCCCGCCCUCCACCUCCUGGCAGCAGUGCCACCCGCGCCAGGGCCACGGGGCCUCACCCGUGGGGGACCAUGGCUCCCUGGUGCGCAUCCCGCCACCACCCGCCCAUGAGCGGUCUCUGUCCGCCUACAGCGGGGGCAACCGGGCCAGCACAGAGUUCCUGAGGCACGAGGACGCGCCGGCCUGCAGGUCCCACGAGGGCGCCCUGCGGGACAGCGACACGUCCAUCUCCAUCCCGUCCGUGGACCACGAGGAGCUGGAGCGCUCCUUCAGCGGCUUCAGCAUCUCCCAGUCCAAGGAGAACCUGGAUGCACUCAAUAGCUGCUACGCGGCCGUGGCGCCCUGCGCCAAAGUCAGACCUUACAUCGCGGAGGGCGAGUCGGACACAGACUCGGACCUCUGCACCCCGUGCGGGCCACCGCCACGCUCUGCCACGGGCGAGGGCCCCUUUGGCGAUGUGGGCUGGGCCGGGCCCCGGAAAUGA